ACCCCGAUCCCGUUGCUUCGCGCCAGCACGCCACGCGGCCCGGCCCAGUUUGCGAGGACGAUGCGGGCGCACGCAGCGGCAUCGCAGGACGCAGCAAAGCCCUGAAACCGCCCCCACGUCCCCCUCCCCGCACCGCAGAGCCAGUCAGAACAGUAACACCGGAGCGGCAGCUGCAGUGGCCGAGGCCGGAGCACGCAAGGCAUGGAUAGAUACCAAAGGGUAGAGAAGCCUCGGAAUGACACACCAAUCAGCCAGAAUGAGAUUAGGAUUACUACUCAGGGGAGGAUGAGGAACUAUAUCAGCUAUGGGAUGUCGCUGCUUGAGGUAAAGUUGGUCAUCUCUGAGAGUAGUGAAGACAACUCUGAGGUGUUACAAGUGCUCUGUGAAGGAGGAACUGUAUACUAUAUCAUCUAUGAAGACCAUGUCAAACUUCCUCAAGAAUGGUGCCAGGAGGGAGUUCAUGGCACACUGAAAUGUAGCUGGGGUGUUGGUGAGACCAAAUGGCAUGACUUUGAACUCGUAGUGGCUAUGAAGACUAUGUCAAACUUCCUCAAGAAUGGUGCCAGGAGGGAGUUCAUGGCACACUGAAAUGUAGCUGGGGUGUUGGUGAGACCAAAUGGCAUGACUUUGAACUCGUAGUGGCCAUGAUGCGUCUUGAAGGCAAUCUUAAACUCAUCACCCGACUUCAUUCGGAUUUGGUGAUACCCCGCAGUCAUAUCCAAACUAGUGAAAAACUUGGCACUUGCCAACUCAUCCAGUAUCUCAUUGACCAAGGGCAUGGGAAAUCUGUUUUUGAUAGUCAAGGUAUUGAGUCUUCUGUAGUCCACACAGAAUCUCCAAUUGCCAUCCUUUUCUUGCCCAAGGAGAAUAGGAGAAGCAAAAGGACUCAUACUUGGAACUAUGAAGCCAGCCUCCAGUAACUGAUUUACCUGUCUCUCGAUCUUAUUUUUGUGAAGAGGGGAAUAUCUAUAAGGUUUGGUGUUGACAGGGAUAGCUCCAGGUAAAAGGGAAAUGGCAUGGUCAUAUGUUCUAUGAGGUGGUAGUGUCAAAGGAACUGAGAAAAGAUCCUGAAUCUCCGAGAGAGUAAGGUGGCUACUGCAGGGGGCAUGUCUUGCUGAAUCUAGUCAGGGACGUGGUCGAGUAACACACAGGACCAAACCUCGUUGCUCUGGAAAAGUUUGUGUAGCUGAUGUUCUAAAAUUUCAGUAACUGGUGCAGAGCCGGCUGGUGCCCCCCCUGCAACUGAACCUACUUACUUGCCUUUAUCUUUGAACUGCAGGAGCUUGUGUUCCCAAUCACAUUGCAUGGGGCUGUGGUUAGUGAGCCAACCAUAGCCAAGAAUUGCAUCGUAUGGUCCUAGGUCCAGAAUUCCCAUAUCAGUCUUGUAGGUGUGACCCCCAGCCCACCAUUCAACACCCUGAACCAUAGAAUUGGAUAGUGAGGUCUCUCCACUUGCCACUGUGACCCUGAUAGGGGAACAUGGAACUGGAGAUAGGCCUGUUCGAAGGACCAAUGAUUUCAAGUCAUUGCGAUUAGUCGGUCUAGUCAGUUUUAGUGGUGCGACUAGGGAUCUGGCCCGAUCAGGUCAACUUAUCGUCUGGUUGUCCGAUUAGUCGUCGACCAAAUGCGAUUAGUCGUCCAAUUAACGUGUAGACGUCCAAUUUAGCUGUGGGCUGGACAACUAGUAAUAAGGCCCAUUUAGUGUAACCCUUAGGGUUUUAGCUAAAUAGGGUUGCCGAGUGCUUGCUCCAAAUGCAGUCUACUGUUCCGAGGGCUGGUCUUCUCUUCUCUCCUCUUAUGCAUUGACGCACCUAUCUGUACCCUUCACGGCGGCGUCGGCCCAGCAACUUGCAGCGGCAACAUGAGUUCAUCAUCCGACGAUACAUGCACUGAUGCACCUCUCUGUUGAUCUGUUGUCUGUUCCGGUGUUCCCACUCUUGAAUUCCCUCUCAGCUUCUUUCAAUUCCUUUCGUUCUUUGUGAAUGUUCAAUGAUGUUCUGUAAUCUGAAUUGUCCACUGUCCUCUAGUAUAAAAUUGACAGUGCUUCUGAAUUCUGAAAUCUGAAUUCUUCACUGUCCGGUUCUAGUAUUCAUAUUUGUUAUGUUUGGUUACUUUGAUGACUAGCGCCCCUCCCCCGCGCCCGCAUUGUCCAGCGAAACAAGCACAUGCAAGCACGUGAAGCCCAACUCUGCAUGUCCGACACAUGCAGCUUGCAUGAAAAUGGACACGAUGAGAUUAGUAUCAAGGCCAUGGGACAGGCCAUAAAUAAGACAGUUAUGGUUGUUGAAUUGAUUAAGAGAAGGGUUGGAGGUCUUCAUCAGAACAGUGCCACUGAAUCUGUUGAUAUCACAGACACAUGGGAACCUUUGGAAGAAGGCCUUCUCCCACUAGAGACAACUCGCCAUGUGUCGAUGAUCACUGUGACGUUAUCAAAGAAGCCUCUGGAUACAUCAUCUCCAGGAUACCAACCACCUAUCCCAGCUGAAGAAGUGAAACCUGCUUUUGACUAUGACCAUGAAGAUUCGUAUCCUACUGGCCGUGGAAGAGGACGUGGUGGUGGGAGAAGAGGCAGGGGAAGAGGUAUAUGUAUGAGCAAUGGUCCCUCUCCACCCGCUUAUGGUUACAAUGAAGAGUGGGGUGAGGAAGGAGAUUACUAUAAUAGAGGGCGUGGGAGAGGAAGGUCACGUGGACGAGGCAGAGUGCGUGGUGGCUACUAUGGAGGCGGGAGGCGUGGUGGCUACAGUUAUGGCUAUGGUGCGAGAGGCGGGUACUAUGAAGAGCAAGACGAAUACUAUGAUGAUCCUGAAGAAUAUGCCCCUCCAGGCCGUCGUGGGCGUGGCAGAGGAAGAAGGGGGAUGCCUUGGCGUGGCCGUGGAGUCUACUACUAGACGAUGCGAUGCGAUGCGAUGCGAUGCGACAUGCCAAACGGGUGUGCUGAAGCUAGCAAUGGCGUGCUUGGUUGGUUAUCUGUUCUAUGGAGUUCCGACCCAGACUAGAAUUACCCAGCAGGGUCCUUCCAGGUGCUGUGCCUGUGCAACUCGUCUGGGCAAGUUUUGUGGCUCGCUCGUGGUUUUGUAGCUAGGUUAAGCGAGUGAAGUUUAAUCACUCGGUAGCAGUGUUUUCCCCCUUCGGACGGCAUGCAUGUUGUUUAUUUUGCUGCUAAUCUACCUACCUUCCAAUUUUGUAUGGAUGGUGAUGGAUACUGGAUGCAUCAGUUUCAUAUUUUUUUUUCUCCUGGUAAAUCUGUAGUUUUUAUAAAGACGGUUACACUGAUACCUGAUGACAAGAUGAGGCAGGAAGUUUGUUAUGCUGCAGAAUAAGAGCAGCAUGAAAAAAAAUGAAUACAGCUAUCGUUGUUAGUGUACUA